AUGGGAGACAAGAUGGAAGCUACAAAGAGGCGGAAGCUCUGGGAGCAUCCGAACCCAAAGAGUACGGCCAUGUGGGCAUUUAUGCAGGAGGUCAAUGAACGGGAAGGACUGAAUCUCAGUACGUUCGAUGACCUCUACAGAUGGACAUGCGAGAACCGCAGCCGAUUCUUCGGGCAGCUGUGGGAGUCUCAGGGCCGGAUCCACGAGGGAACGUACGAACGGGUAGUCGACGAGUCGAUCCCCAUCUCGAGCCUCCCACGGUGGUUUGAAGGGCUGAGGCUCAACUUUGCCGAGAACGUGCUCUGGAACAGCGGUGAAGGCAGCAAGGCAACCAGGUCGACGCUCAACAAGGAAGAUGACCGGGUGGCCAUCACCGAGAUCCGCGAGGGCAACACGGAUAUCCGCAGCGUGAAGUGGGGUGAGCUGAGGAGCCGCGCGGCCGAGCUGGCGGGAGCCCUGGCAAGCAGGGGAGUGACCAAGGGUGACAGGGUCGUGGCCGUCGGAGCCCACAGCGUGCAGACCCUGCUCGUCAUGUUGGCGACGCAGUGGCUCGGAGGCAUCUUCAGCAGCAGCUCGACCGAUAUGGGUGUUGCGGGGCUGCUGCAGCGGACUGUUCAGAUCGAUCCCAAGCUUGUCUUCUUCGACGACGCCGCCCUGUAUAAUGGGAAAAAGGUAGAUCUGCGAGACAAGAUAGCCGGCGUGGUGCAGGGCAUGAAGCAGUGCGGCAGCUUCCAGGGUAUCGUGGCCAUACGACGAUUCGGCAGGCCGAUGGACACGACCGGCAUCGAGAGGACGGAAAGGCUCGAGGACUUCCUGGGGAAGUGGAAGGGUCAGGGGCAAGCCUCUGCGCCGCCCAUCGUCCGCGUGGGAUUCCAGGACCCGGCAGUGGUGUACUACUCGUCCGGGACGACGGGGACGCCCAAGGCCAUCGUGCACGCCGUGGGGACGCUGCUCAUCAACCAGGGAAAGGAGUCGAGGCUCCACCACGAGUCCAGCUCCGACGACGUGCACCUCCAGUACACCACCACGGGGUGGAUCAUGUACCUCAGCAGCGUGGGGCACCUCCUCGUAGGCGGACGCACCAUCCUCUACGACGGUUCGCCGCUGGCCCCGGACGUGCGCGUGCUGCUGCGCAUCGCCGAGCAGCAGGGCGUCACCAUGCUCGGCACGAGCCCGCGCUGGAUGGCCGAGCUGGCCAAGGCCGGGGUCGUCCCCCGGCGCGACUUUGACCUGUCCCGACUGCGACUCGUCACGAGCACCGGCAUGGUCCUGCCCGACCAGAUGUAUGAGUGGUUCUACGAUGUGGCUUUCGACCCCAAGGUUCACCUGUCCAACAUCUGCGGCGGCACCGACAUCGCCGGAUGCUUCGUCCUCGCCAACCCCCUGACGCCCGUGUACGUGGGCGGCUCCCAGGGGCCGUCGCUGGGCAACUGCGUCGCCGUCUUCGACCACGACCUCCCGGAGGGAAGCAAGGGGACGCCGCUCCCCCCCGGCAGACCGGGCGACCUGGUAGCCACGGCGGCCUUCCCCAACCUGCCGGUGUGUCUGUGGAACGACGGCGAGCCAGGGAGCGCCCCGGGACCCAAGUACCGCUCCGCGUACUUCUCGCGCUUCUCCGAGGCCUGGGCCCAGGGCGACUUCUGCCAGGUCGACGCCGCGACGGGCAACAUGCGGAUGCUCGGCCGGUCGGACGGCGUGCUCAACCCGAGCGGCGUGCGCUUCGGCAGCGCCGACAUCUACGCCGUCGUCGAGCGCCACUUUGCCGCCCAGGUGCGCGAGAGCAUCUGCGUGGGGCAGCGCCGGCCGCGGGACGACGACGAACGCGUCGUCCUGUUCCUGCACAUGCGCGAGGGUCACAGCCUGGACGAGGCGCUGGCGGCGCGCAUCCGGGACGCCAUCGCCCGCGAGUUCACGAAGCGCCACGUCCCGCGCUUCAUCUUUGAGAUGCCAGAAGUGCCCGUCACCGUCAACGGGAAGAAGGUCGAGCUGCCCGUCAAGCACAUCAUCUCCGGACGCACCGUCAAGCCGAGCGGUACGCUGCUCAACCCCCAAAGCCUCGAAUACUUUUACCGUUUCCAAGACGUGGAGAAGUUGGCCUCGGGUCCACAGGCCAAACUGUGA